GGGGAAAUGUGCUUUUGCCCCAUGGACUGUUACAGACCAUGUGGGGACCACACGACACCACACUGAGCCUGCCUGGACUGCAGAGUGCAGGCACAAAGACCACAGAGACAUGAGACCACUUGGAAUGUGUGAAGAAUGAACCUGCAGGACACGGUGACUCGGGGCAAAUGAAGGAGAAAUCUCAAGGGAUGCAGUGAGGCACCUCUGCAGGGAAGCCUCCUCACCUCUUCCUCCUUUCACCUUGCUGCUGAUUGUGAUGAUGGUGUGCAGUGCCCCACCGAGGAUCAUGUGUGAAGCUCAGUUGUGUCUGGGAUUAUGCCAUGACAGAAGCCACCCCAGCCCUGCAGUCGUGCUGCAGAAAGCCAAGCCGUGGGACAGGAGGCAGCUUGUGACAGCGAGCUUGUGUCAGGAGCCACAAGGAGCCCCGCAGCUGCUCGGUGCCUCUGGCCAACGCUUCCCUCUGCAGAAGCCCUGCUUGAGCCGAAUACUGAGGGAGCCAAGAGGGACGUGAUGCCACCUGUGACCCGUGUGCUGGCCUUGGGCGCUUGGCUGGUGUCACUGGGCGAGGCUACACCAAGUGCCCCCACAAUUUCCAUCUUCCAGAAGCCACCAGGGGUGAUCCCACCUGGAGGCUCCACCACCAUCUACUGCAUUUGCCAGUGCAGCAGUGGGAGCUUUAGGAUGUACAAGGGCGGCCACCAGCUCCCCACCCUGGAGCAGAGUGGUGGCAAGGCCGAGUUCUCCAUCUCUAAUGCCACCUACGAGGACAGAGGUAGCUACGUCUGCCAUUACCUGGAGGGAGACACUGAGCUGGCUCGAAGCACUGGACUGGAAGUCUUUGUGGAAGAGCUCCGUCUGCCCCGACCCGACCUCUCUGUCCUCCCUGGGCACGAGGUGGAUGUGGGAGCUGAGGUGAUGUUCCGCUGCACCACCACACAGCCCAGCACCAGCUGUUACCUGUACCUGGAGGGCCAGAUGGAAGUGCUGCUGUUCCUCAGGGAACAAGGGAACCACAACUUCUCCCUCGUGCAGAAAGGUCACAGCGGCCGCUACAGCUGCCAGUGCAUGAAGGGUUGGAAAGAAUGGUCUGCUGUCAGCAACACCCUGGACUUGGUGGUGAGAGAUUACACGCUGUGCAACGCCGUGCGCCUGGCGCUGGCGGCCGCGCUGCUGCUCCUGCUGGGGCUGAUCGCGGCCGAGGCGGCGCGGGGCCGCUGCCGGGGCUGGGGGAGCCGCCCGGGCCCCGCCGCGCUCAUCGCCCUGCGGACCCCGCGCUGGGAUCAAUAAACCGGCCCGGCCCUGCCGCCAUCCCGGCCUGCUUCUUGUCCCACUCGCGGUCCC